AUGAAAUCGCCAAUACUGACAUAUGCUAGUCUCGGCUUGGCGACAUGCUUUGCCAUGAACGUGGGUUUUGCCGGUGCGUCGGCCCAUAAUCACUCUCAUGCAGUGAAUUUGGCUGUUAAAGAUGAGGGCGGGAACAAGUCGAGCCCGUUGCUCUAUGGGAUUAUGUUCGAAGAAAUGGAUCGCUCUGGUGAUGGUGGAAUCCACGGCCAACUCCUCCAAAACAAUGGUUUCCAAGGUAAGAGCCUUGGAAUGACCGCAUACAAAUCGGUGGGCGACGUGGAUAUCUCCCAGGACCAUUCGAAGCCGGUCAGCAAAGCGAUUACGUCUUCGCUGCAAGUUGCGGUGCCCAAGAAUGCGACCAAAUUCGUUGGAUUCGCCAAUACCGGAUACAAGGGCGUUCCGGUGAAGCAAGCAAAAUAUAAGAGCUCUUUCUACAUGAAGGGCAACUAUUCUGGCACCGUAACUCUGCAGCUCGUCGGAUCGCACAGUGGUACCAUCUAUGCAGACCACAACCUGACUGUCAAGAGCUCCGAUUCCAAAUUCACGCCCUUUGAAACCAGCUUCCAGUCCAAGGCCUCACCAGACGGCGAGAACGAGUGGCGUCUGACUUUCGAUGGCUCCAAGGUUGCCGGCAACUCGCUGAACUUUGGUCUUGUCCAACUGUUUCCACCAACAUUCCAUGACCGAGAAAAUGGCUUGCGCGACGAUCUUGCAACGGUCAUCGACAAAGUAAAGCCCAAGUUCCUCCGGUUUCCCGGCGGGAAUAACCUCGAAGGAGUGAAAAUCGACUCUCGCUGGAAGUGGAACACCACUAUAGGGCCGGUGGUCGACCGUCCCGGCAGAGAAGCCGACUGGGGCUACCCCAACACCGACGCCCUUGGUUUGGACGAGUACAUGCAGUGGUGCGAAGACAUGGGCAUGGCACCGUUGCUGGGGGUGUGGGCCGGCAAGUCAUACGGCGGUAUCCUGUCGGGCGAAGAGCUGGAGCCGUAUGUCCAGGACACGCUGAACGAGCUGGAGUAUCUUCUCGGAGACUCGACAACGACACACUAUGGCAGGCUGCGCGCAAAGAACGGACGCACAGAGCCGUGGAAGCUGAACUAUGUCGAGAUCGGGAACGAAGACCAGCUCACCGGGGGGUGCGACACGUACCCGGAACGUUUCAACCAGUUCUACAAAGCGAUCCACGACCACUACCCGCACAUCACGAUUGUCGUGUCGAAUGCAGACCCGUCUUGUCUUCCUUCGCAGCUGCCAAAGAACGUCAUCCUCGAUGUGCACUUCUAUCUCAAGGACGAUCAGAUCGUGGACAAGUUCAACCAGUGGGACAACCAGCCGCGGAAUCAGUCUGUCAUGGUUGGUGAAUAUGGAUGUCGGAACACUACCCAGGCUACGGGUGUCUACUGGUCAUACAUGCGAGGCAGCUGCAGCGAGGCAGUGUAUAUGAUUGGCCUGGAGCGGAACAGUGACAUUGUCAAGAUGGCGGCAUAUGCUCCUUUGCUUGCGCAUCGCGAAUACAUCUCAUGGUCGCCUACUCUCUACGGCUUCGACUCCAGACCGGACUCGAUCACUCCGUCGACCUCUUACUAUGUCCAGAAGAUGUUCGCAACCAACAAAGGCGACACUGUCCUGCCGGUAUCUUCAUCAACAGGGUUCGGUCCACUGUACUGGGUGGCCACGAAGACGGACUCGAAGUAUUACGUGAAGCUCGCAAACUACGGAUCCGUCUCGAAGAAGGUCGAUGUGAGCGUCCCUGGCACAGAGAAAGGGAAGCUCGAGAUGCUGUCUGGUCCCGAAUAUCAUGGUAACACGCCCAUGAAUGUAAAGAUCGAGACAAUUACCAUGGACGUGUCCGAUGCAAAUGGCAAAUAUACCAUCCACAUGGAACCGUGGGCUGUUGCUGUUCUGGCUGUUUCGUGA